AUGGGGCGCGGGGGGAAGAAGGGGACCGUGACCCCUCACGAGCAGAACCCAAGCCCAAGACCUAAAAGGGAGUCUAAUACAGGGAAGAGAAGAAAAAUGAAGAGGAAAAAAAAGAAGACUGAUUUGGAGGAGCUGAAGAAGGAAGUGGUCCUGGAGGAUCACAAAUUAACCUUGGAAGAGCUGAGCGCCAAGUACUCUGUGGACCUGACGAUGGGCCUUAGCCCCAGAAGGGCACAGGAAAUCUUGAGACAAGAUGGACCCAAUACACUUACCCCACCCCCCACCACUUCAAAAUGGUUCAAAUUCUGUAAACAUCUGUUCAGUGGCUUCUCGAUCCUACUAUGGGUUGGUGCCAUUCUCUGCUUUGUGGCCUAUGGCAUCCAGUUCCAUCAGAAGGAGGAGCCUACCAAAGAUAACCUGUACCUGGGCAUCGUACUGGCUGUCGUGGUCAUCAUCACCGGCUGCUUCUCUUACUACCAGGAGGCCAAGAGCUCCAAGAUCAUGGAGUCUUUCAGAAACAUGGUGCCUCAGCAAGCUCUGGUGAUUCGAGGUGGAGAGAAGAUUCAGAUCAAUGUGGAGAAUGUGGUGGUAGGAGAUCUGGUAGAAGUGAAGGGCGGAGACCGAAUCCCGGCUGACCUCCGGCUCAUCUCCUCACAAGGUUGUAAGGUGGACAACUCAUCCUUGACGGGAGAGUCAGAGCCCCAGACCCGAUCCCCUGAGUUCACCCACGAGAACCCUCUGGAGACCCACAACAUCUGCUUCUUCUCCACCAACUGUGUGGAAGGAACAGCUCAGGGCAUUGUGAUCGCUACGGGAGACUCCACGGUGAUGGGCCGCAUUGCCUCUCUGACGUCAGGCCUGGCGGUCGGCAAGACCCCCAUUGCUGUAGAGAUCGAGCACUUCAUCCAUCUGAUCACAGCGGUGGCCAUCUUCUUUGGUGUCUCCUUCUUUGGGCUCUCACUGAUCUUGGGCUACGGCUGGCUGGAGUCUGUCAUUUUUCUCAUCGGCAUCAUUGUGGCCAAUGUGCCCGAGGGGCUGCUGGCCACCGUCACCGUGUGUCUGACCCUGACCGCCAAGCGCAUGGCACAGAAGAACUGCCUGGUGAAGAAUCUGGAGGCGGUGGAGACACUGGGCUCCACCUCCACCAUCUGCUCCGACAAGACGGGCACCCUCACCCAGAACCGCAUGACCGUCGCCCACAUAUGGUUCGACAAGACCAUAUACAAGGCUGACACCAGCGAAGAGCAGACUGCUGACUUGAGUGGGAAAACAUUUGCCAAGGGCUCUGCGACCUGGUUCAUCCUGGCCCGAAUCGCAGGCCUCUGCAACCGAGCUGACUUCAAGGCUCACCAGGAGACCCUUCCCAUUGCUAAGCGGGCAACAACAGGUGAUGCUUCCGAGUCAGCCCUCCUCAAGUUCAUCGAGCAGACAUACAGCUCUGUGAAGGAGAUGAGAGAGAAAAACCCCAAGGUGGCAGAGAUCCCCUUUAAUUCCACCAACAAGUACCAGAUGUCCAUCCACCUGCAGGAUGACAGCAACCAGACCCACGUACUGAUGAUGAAGGGGGCCCCGGAGAGGAUCUUAGAGUUUUGCUCUUCUUACCUUCUGAAGGGGGUGGAGUACCCCAUGGACGAUGAGAUGAGGAAAGACUUCCAGAAAGCCUACAUGGAACUGGGAGGCCUGGGGGAACGCGUGCUAGGGUUCUGCUUCUUGAAUCUGCCUAGCACUUUCUCCAAAGGAUUCAAGUUUAAUACAGAUGAAAUCAACUUUCCCAUGGAUAACCUUUGUUUUGUGGGGCUUGUAUCCAUGAUUGACCCCCCCAGAGCUGCAGUGCCUGAUGCUGUCAGCAAGUGUCGUAGUGCAGGGAUUAAGGUGAUCAUGGUGACCGGGGACCACCCCAUCACAGCCAAGGCCAUCGCCAAAGGUGUGGGCAUUAUAUCAGAAGGCAACGAGACAGCAGAGGACAUGGCUGCGCAGCUCCAGGUCCCUAUCAGCCAGAUCAACACCAGGGAAGCCAAGGCGUGCGUGGUGCACGGCUCUGACCUGAAGGACAUGACGGCGGAGCAGCUGGACGAGAUCCUCAAGAACCACACGGAGAUCGUGUUCGCGCGGACGUCCCCGCAGCAGAAGCUCAUCAUCGUGGAGGGCUGUCAGAGGCUGGGGGCCAUUGUGGCGGUGACCGGGGACGGCGUGAACGACUCCCCCGCGCUGAAGAAGGCUGACAUUGGCAUCGCCAUGGGCAUCACGGGCUCCGACGUGUCGAAGCAGGCCGCCAACAUGAUCCUGCUGGACGACAACUUUGCCUCCAUCGUCACAGGCGUGGAGGAGGGCCGCCUCAUCUUCGACAACCUGAAGAAAUCCAUCGCGUACACCCUGACCAGCAACAUCCCCGAGAUCACCCCCUUCCUGCUCUUCAUCAUCGCCAACAUCCCCCUGCCUCUGGGCACCAUAACCAUCCUCUGUAUCGACCUGGGCACUGACAUGGUCCCGGCCAUCUCCUUGGCUUACGAGUCAGCUGAAAGUGACAUCAUGAAGAGGGCCCCACGGAAUCCAAGGAGCGAUAAUCUGGUGAACCACCGCCUCAUCGGCAUGGCCUAUGGACAGAUUGGGAUGAUCCAGGCUCUGGCUGGAUUCUUCACCUACUUUGUGAUCCUGGCCGAGAACGGUUUCAAGCCUAUUGACCUGCUAGGCAUCCGCCUCAACUGGGAGGACCGGUUCUUCAAUGACCUGGAGGACAGCUACGGACAGCAGUGGACCUACGAGCAGCGGAAGGUGCUGGAGUUCACCUGCCACACGGCCUUCUUUGUCAGCAUUGUGAUCGCGCAGUGGGCCGACCUCAUCAUCUGCAAGACCCGGCACAACUCAGUCUUCCACCAGGGCAUGAAAAACAAGAUCCUAAUAUUUGGGAUCAUGGAGGAGACCUUCCUGGCUGCUUUUCUGUCCUACACUCCAGGCAUGGACACGGCCCUGCGGAUGUACCCACUCAAGCUAUCCUGGUGGUUCUGCGCCACUCCCUACAGCAUUCUUAUCUUUAUCUAUGAUGAAGUCCGAAAACUCAUCAUCCGACGUCAUCCUGGCGGCUGGCUGGAGAGAGAGACCUACUACUGA